AUGGGACCCGUUAGAGGGAUGAAGAGGAGGAAGAAGGCAGAGAAGAAGGUUGACCAGAAUGUGUUAGCUGCAGCUGCUUCACUGAGUUCUCAACCCCAGCCCGUCGAUUGGUGGGACGACUUCUCUCAGAGAAUUACUGGACUUGGGUCCAAUGCAGUUUUGAAGAAUUGGAUUGAUUUUAUAAUGCAUGGGGAUCCAUUGUGGGAAGCUGUAUCAUUCCUUGGCCUGAUCAGGUGGGAGAGUAGUUCACAGAACUAA